GGGGCCGGGAGGGAGCCGAGCCGAGCCGGGCCGAGCGACAGGAGGAGGAGGAGGAGGAGGAGGAGGAGGUGGAGGAGGAGGUGGAGGAAGGGUGCCCGGCCAUGUCGGAGAGCGAGGGCGGCGCGGCAGAUGCUGUUUCCACAUCUACUUACUCAUCACCAGCCAAAAGUUUGGGAGAUCCUGGAAUAACUCCACUGUCUCCAUCACAUAUUGUGAAGGACUCUGAUGCAGAGGAUGCUGUAGAACAGUUAUUUCUCGUUGUUGUGGCUAUUGAUUUUGGCACAACAUCCAGUGGCUACGCCUACAGCUUCACCAAGGAACCAGAAUGUAUUCAUGUAAUGAGACGAUGGGAAGGUGGGGAUCCAGGUGUAUCCAACCAGAAGACACCAACUACUAUCCUCUUAACACCAGAAAGAAAGUUUCAUAGCUUUGGGUAUGCAGCGAGAGAUUUCUACCACGACUUGGAUCCCAAUGAGUCAAAGCACUGGUUGUAUUUCGAGAAGUUUAAGAUGAAGCUACAUACCACAGGUAACCUUACCAUGGAGACAGACCUGACAGCUGCAAAUGGCAAAAAAGUCAAAGCACUUGAGAUAUUUGCUUACGCCCUGCAAUUCUUUAAGGAACAGGCAUUAAAGGAGCUCAGUGACCAAGCAGGCUCUGAUUUUGAAAACACUGAAGUAAGAUGGGUCAUUACAGUGCCUGCUAUUUGGAAGCAGCCUGCAAAGCAGUUUAUGAGACAAGCUGCCUACAAGGCAGGAAUGGCAACUCCUGAAAACCCCGAGCAGCUGAUCAUUGCCCUGGAACCCGAGGCUGCCUCUAUCUACUGCCGAAAGCUUCGCCUUCACCAGAUGAUAGACCUGAGUAGUAGGGCGCCUGUCAAUGGUUAUAGCCCGAGUGACACAAUUGGAACUGGAUUUACACAGGCUAAGGAACACGUCCGUCGUAAUCGACAGAGUCGCACCUUUUUGGUGGAAAAUGUCAUAGGAGAGAUCUGGUCCGAACUGGAGGAAGGAGACCGGUACAUCGUUGUUGACAGUGGAGGAGGAACAGUGGAUAUGACUGUCCAUCAGAUCAGGCUUCCUGAAGGACAUCUUAAGGAGCUAUACAAGGCAACAGGUGGGCCAUAUGGUUCCCUAGGUGUGGACUAUGAAUUUGAAAAGCUCCUGUGUAAAAUAUUUGGAGAAGAUUUUAUUGAGCAAUUUAAAAUCAAGCGUCCUGCUGCCUGGGUAGAUCUGAUGAUAGCAUUCGAGUCCCGUAAACGGGCAGCAGCUCCAGACAGGACCAAUCCACUAAACAUCACCCUGCCUUUCUCCUUCAUUGACUAUUAUAAGAAGUUUCGAGGCCACAGUGUAGAACAUGCCUUGAGGAAAAGCAAUGUGGAUUUUGUGAAGUGGUCUUCCCAGGGAAUGCUGAGGAUGAGCCCAGAUGCAAUGAAUGCGCUCUUCAAACCCACAAUUGACCAGAUUGUUCAACACCUUAGUGAUGUGUUUGAUAAGCCAGAAGUGACCAAUGUCAAGUUUCUGUUCCUGGUGGGUGGCUUCGCUGAAUCCCCCUUACUCCAACAAGCUGUCCAGAGCGCUUUUGGUUCGAGAUGUCGAGUCAUCAUUCCUCAGGAUGUGGGGCUCACUAUCCUCAAAGGAGCCGUCCUCUUCGGUCUAGACCCUGCUGUCAUCAAAGUGCGACGUUCGCCUCUCACCUAUGGUGUGGGUGUGCUGAAUCGGUUUGUGGAAGGGAAGCAUCCACCAGAGAAGCUGCUAGUCAAAGAUGGCACACGCUGGUGCACUGAUGUCUUUGACAAAUUUAUCUCAGCUGACCAAUCCGUAGCCCUUGGAGAAACUGUGACACGCAGUUACACACCUGCCAAGCCUUCUCAGUUAGUAAUAGUGAUCAAUAUCUAUAGCUCAGAACAAGAUAACGUCAGCUUCAUCACUGAAUCUGGAGUGAAAAAGUGUGGCACCCUUCGCCUGGAUCUCACAGGGACUGAUGCUUCCGUGCCAAACAGGCGGGAGAUCAAAACACUUAUGCAGUUUGGGGACACUGAGAUCAAAGCCAUGGCCAUUGAUGUUGCCACCUCGAAAAGUGUCAAAGUCGGUAUCGAUUUCUUAAACUACUAACAGAUCACGUUCCCCACCAUGGCCUGUUUGUGAGACUGAUGGUCCACUAUUCCAUUUUUUGACUUUCAUGUGUCACGUAAUCAUCUUGAAUUUCAGCAGGCUAUAUGAGAACAGCUAGUAAGGUGGGGUAUGUCAUGGUUGUGCCCUUGGAUAACCGAAGGCUGGUUUUUAAAAGACCCUUAAAAAGUUUGGGGAGCAAAAGUUCCAGAGGUAGUAAAAGUUCCUUAGUUGUUCAAGCAUGCUUAAAGAUCUACCUUUAUUCAGUAAAUACUGAUUAUUAUUGCAUCCUGAAGAUUAGUUAAAAAAUAUAAAAUCAUAAUCUCUUUGCCUUGUUCUUGUACUUCUUCCCUUUCCUCCAAAGAAAAAUUUGCUAACCCAUGUGGUUGUUGUAGUGGGUAUGUGUGGGGUAUCUAUUUAAACAGCAUCAUCCUCUGAACAUGGAACAAAUUAGUAGGUUACAGCUUUCUUUUGUUCUUUUGAUUAUGAACUGUACUGUCAAAAAAUUAGUGCUGAAAAUAAGGUUUGUAAAGAAGUGGGAAAUUAACUUCUUCAGUUCUGAGAUCCCACUGAAAAGAAUAUCCUUGGAAAGCCUUAAAUUAUAUUUAGGAAACAUACAUAUUUUAGGAGCCUACUGUUGGUUGCCCCAGUUUGAGAAAAAGAAAGACCUUUCCUGUCAAAGAUCACAGAACUAUCUGUUGGAUUAAAUAGCUAGCAUUACCCUCAUUAUACUUCAGAAAAUUAUUAAGAGCAAAGUUAUUCCCCUUUUUUAUGUCUUACAAACUUUUAUUUACUAGCCUCCACGUGAAAUCACUGAAUCAGAGAAUAGAUGAAGUUGGAAGGGACUCCCAUGUGCUAUCUGGUCCAGCCCCUCUGCUCUAAGCAGGGUCAGCUAGAACAGGAUGCUCUGUCCAGUCAGGGUUUGAAUAUCUCCAAAGAUAGAAAUGCCUAAAAUUCUCUGGGCAACCUGUUCAGUACUUGACAACCCUCACUGUAAAAAAAAAGAUUUUUUUUCUUAUGUUUAAGGGGAAUUUCUUGUGUUUCAGCUUGUGCCUGUUGCUUCUUGUUCCGUCACUGAAAUACCACUGAGAAGUCUGUCUCCAUCUUCUUUACUGUCUUCUGUCAGAUAUUUAUAUGCAUUCCUGAUCCCCCUGCCAAGCCUGCUCUUCUGGAGUCUGCAGUCUCAGCUCUCAGCUUCUCCUCAUACAUCAGACUCCAAUCCCUUAAUCGUCAUCAUGACGCUCUGCCAGACUCAGUACCAUUAUGUCCAUGUCCCUCUUGUACUGAGAGGCAUGGGACUGGAUGCCAGAAGUGGUCUUGAAUAAAGGGGAAUAACCACCUUCGUUGACCUGCUGGCCAUACUUUUCCUCAUGCUGCCCAGCUGUUAGCAUUUUUUGCCACAAGGGUACGUUGCUGGCUCAUGUAGACUUGGUGUCUACCAAGACCCUGAGGUCUUUUUCUGCCUUCAUGCUUCCCAGCCAGUUGGCCCCCAGCAUAUGCUGGUGUAUGGAGUUAUUCCUCCCCAAGUUCAGGACUUUGCACUCCUCCCCGUGAUUACAUUUCUCUUCUAGUUAAUCCCUGUGUUAAUGUUUGGGAGUACGGUUAGAUGAUAGCUGUCCAGGAAGUUUUAAAUGAUUUAAAAGAGAGAAAAUGUCCAGAUAAGGCGUACUAUCAUAUAUUUUGAGUUGGAAGCAUUUUAAUUGAGUGAAUUAAUGUAUUUCUGGGUUGAGUUUAAUGUUCAUUAAAGUGGAAGACAGAGGCUAAGAGAACAAAACUACAAAAAGCAUUAAAUAAAGCAUUUCAUAUAUGGCUAUGACCACGAAACUCUAACACAAGUGAAAUACAAUGAUGGUCAUGGUAGCAUCUUGUUUUCCAGUUAACGACAUUCUGGAAAUAUUUUAAGCAUGUUUACCUGGAAAAUUUCUUCUGUACUGGAACAGGUUUUAUUUUGCAAAGUGCUACAGGUGGAUGAUUUCUGAAACCUAAGAUCUGCAUCUGCCAUGAGCUGACAACUUCAGUUUCAAAUCUAAAUCCACUCCAAACUGGCAGACUGAAACUAACCUGAAUUACCCUAAAAUGCUGACACUUUAAAAGCAUUUAUUCAGAGCUGCCUGAUUACCUGCUGGAAUUCAUUACAUUUUUGAAAUUUUCCAAUCUUAACUGUUAAACUAAAACUUCCUUUUUAAUAAGUUGAGCAUGAGUUACAUAAACUACUGGGUAAUGAAAGCUUUAUCAAUGAUUUCACUAAUUUACAUUCCAAUCCUGCACUUAAGCUUUCUGUGUUUAUCCUGAAGUUUUGCCACAGUCCAGAGCUGCAGAACUGGUCCACUGCAUUUUGUCGUUGAGUUUUCUGUGUCUGCUGCAGAAUUCCCUAGUAGAAUGUGAAAUCUGUUCUGCAUUCAGCUUUAAAAAAAAAUAAAUAAAUAAAAAAGGAAAGAAAAAAAGAUGGGACUAUGGAGAAUGCUACUCACAGUAUCCGGCUGGAUACUUUUCUAUAAUUACAAAGUGUGCUUUCUAGCAUUCAGUCUCCUGCUGCCUGCUAAAUGCUUUAAAAGCUAAAUACUGGGAUUUUUUGUGUGUUGCUUUCCAUGGUUUACAAACAAGAGAAACUUUAAGAUGAGUUAUGAACAAUAUAAUUUUAUGUAUAUACAAUAUUUAAAUAUUGUACAGACUCUUUCUUUCUACAGUGCUAUUUUCUUGUAUAAAAAUGCUCUUUGCCUCUGUUGAUUUCAUUCAGCUGUUAAUUUUAAAUAACAUAGUUUCUCAAUCAGCUUCCAUAAUUAUAGGCUUUUAAAGAUGGUAAGAUAUGAAAUGUAAAAGGCUGAUCUCAUAAUAAUAGGAAAGAAAUGUUGGUGUGUCACAGAAUACAACAUUCUUCCUGCAAUGCAAGUCAUACCAGUUAAGUAUAUUACACAGAUGCACUUGUAUUUUGCUGGGAUUUUCAUUUCUUUGUUUCAGAUGGUGACCAUUCCAGCAGUUCAUCAUAAUAAUGGAUGAAUCCUCCUGUAAAACCAUGUUAAAUUUAGCUUGUAUGAUCUGGAUAUACAGCUUCUUCUCUAGGUUUUGGAGUUUUAUUAAGGAUCUACUCUAAUUUCUAAAAAAAAGUACUUUCUAGAGCCAAGUAAAAGUGAUUUAUAGUAGAUGCGGGUAAGCCUAUCUAUUGUCUACCACUACAACCUACCAAACACAAAACUCUUAAGUAAAAGAAGACUUCAGUGUCUUUGCAUCCUGUGUUAAACUGAAUGGGUCCAAUUCUACAAGAAUUUGUUUCCGUUGGCCUUAGGUUAAUGCAGAAUUUGGUUUAGGAAAGUGCUGCAACCACAAACAGGAGGUGAACUGCAAGAUUCUGUGAUCCAUGGGUUUUGUGCUAUUUUCAGCCUGUCCGCAGGGAAUGCUAACAAUAGUUUCUGCAGCUCUUCUAAAGUGUAGCUAGUUCCCCGCACAGUAGCGAUUCUUUGCCCUUUUUUGUUCACCUUUUGUAAGAUUCCGUCUGGAUCCAAACAGGGGUUUGUUGCUAAAAUUGUUCUGCUGUAACUGUAAAAUAUUGAAGAGAUUGCAUAUUUUUGCACUUCCCUGUUUAGUCUGAUGAGAGCACUAUCAAGCUUAUCCUUGCAAAGCACUGAACUACCAAGCAAAUUCCCAACUGUCCUCGUUGCCCUCUUUAAACCUGAGAAUGGAAAAUUAGCUUGUCUAAGGAAUUAGAAUUGUAAGUAGAGCGUUAUGCUGUGGUCUGUAGUCUAUAACCCAGUUAAAAAAAAAAAAAUUUACAUUGUAAGUGGCAAAUGGAUGCCCGUUUUGAUAGAGAAUGUUAGGCUGUAAAAUUAAUAAGAAAUUUAUUAGGAAAUGGGUCAUUUUUAGAACAGUAGUUCUGAUACUUUUGCAGGAAAUUUCCUGCUGAGAAUUUUUUUGGUAGGGAUUUCAGAUGACAUUGUGCAACUUAGCAUUGAGAGACAAGGCCUGCUACCCUUAGGCAAAGCAGAAAGCCCCGACUGAAGUUUUGCUCUAAGCAUGAACUUGCAAGUUUGGGUCAAAGUUGCUUAACUCUAGGCUGAAAGUUAGCAACUAAUUGUGAUAGAAUGAUUAAUUGUGCUAGAAUAUGAUACAUGUGCAGUGAUGGUUAGGACAGUUAACAUUGGUAUAUUCUUACCAAUGAAUAUAUACAGGAGUUUUAAUGCAUUAUUAUGAGAAGGCUAAUUAUGUAUUGCAGAGAUUUAAUCGCCAAGAUAACCUGCAUAUUUAUAAUAUGAAGUGGCUUAAGCGGAUGAAUAGUAUAAAAGUUGUUGGGCAUAAUGUCACAGUACUCACCUGCUUGAAAUAGUCUUAAAACUAUAUUAUAAAACCAACCAUUGUGGUCUUGUUCACCUCUGUGCAAGAUAAAUUCAGAUUUCACUGAUGUUUGGAGCUGUUCACAACUUGUCUGGAUUGUAUCUUGAGUGUUCUUGUGUCUUCAACCAUGUCAAAUAAAAUACAGUAAAACUAA